AUGAGUGACCAUCCAGAACAUAUAGUAAUCCUUCCAUAUCUGGCACUUGGCCAUAUGAUACCUUUCAUUGCCUUAGCCAAAAAAAUUCAAGAAAAAACUAACUACAAAAUCACUAUUGUUAGUACCCCUUUAAAUGUCAAAUAUCUGAGUUCCACUAUAGCCAAAGAUUCAACUAAUUCAAAUAACAUUUCAUUAGUUUCACUUCCUUAUAAUAGUAGUGAACAUGGUUUACCACCAAAUACAGAGAACACAGAGGGCUUACCAUUAAAACACAUGGUAACAAUUUUCAACUCAACAUUAUCUCUUAAAGAACCACUCCAAAAAUUGAUUCUUGAAAUUAUUGAAAAAGAUGGUAAGCCCCCACUUUGUAUAGUUUCUGAUACAUUUAUGGGAUUUGCUAGUGAAGUUGCAAGAUCUUGUGGAACUUUUAAUGUGAGUUUUACUACUGCUGGUGCUUAUGGAACUGCAGCUUAUGUGUCACUAUGGUUAAAUCUUCCUCAUUUGUUAGCUAUUGAUGGGGUUUUCAAAAUGCCUGGUUUUGAUGAUUCUUGUUGUUUUUUCUCUGUUGAUCAACUUCAUCCAUUUAUGAAAUUAGCUAAUGGGGAUGACCCUUGGUCUAAAGUGGUGAAAUCUUUGUUAUUACCUUCUUUUGAUUCUAUAGGGUUUUUGUGUAAUAGUGUUGAGGAUAUUGAACCUAUGGGGGUUAAAGCUAUCGAGAAUCUUACUAAACUUCCUGUUUGGUGUAUUGGACCUUUGCUUCCUCAAUGUAUGCUCAAGAAAAGUGAAAAAGAUUCAAUCUUUGAAUCAAGAAGUGGUAAAGAACAUGGAUUGUCACCAGAAGAAUGUAUUUCUUGGUUGAAUGAACAUCCUGAAAGAUCUGUUCUUUACAUAUCUUUUGGUUCACAAAACACAAUUAGUACAUCACAAAUGAUGGCAUUGGCUAUGGGGUUGGAAGAAAGUGAAAGGCCAUUUAUUUGGGUGGUUAGGCCACCUUUUGGUUUUGACAUAAAAGGUGAGUUUAGAUCCGAAUGGUUACCAAAAGGAUUUCAAGAAAGAGUGUCAAAGAGUAAAAAAGGUCUACUAGUGAAAUCUUGGGCACCCCAAUUGCAAAUCUUGAGUCAUAGUUCAACGGGUGCGUUCUUGACUCAUUGUGGAUGGAAUUCAGUAUUGGAGAGUUUGAGUCAAGGGGUGCCUAUCAUUAGUUGGCCUUUGGCUGGUGAACAAGCAUUUAAUUCAAAGAUGUUGAUGGAGGAAAUGGGGGUUUGUGUUGAGUUAACUAAAUGGUAUUCAAGUGAUGUUGAUAAAGAGGAUGUGAAGAAAGUGGUGGAAACUGUUUUGGGAGAAAGUGGAAAAGGGAAAGAAAUGAAGGAAAAAGCAAAUAAAAUUGGGAUGUGUAUUAGAGAUGCUGUUAAAGAAGAAGGGGAUUUUAAAGGUUCUUCUGCUAAAUCAUUGGAUGAUUUCAUAUCUACAUUACUUUGUAGAAGAAAUAUGUCAUCUUAAGAAGGAAUUUGGAAGAGUCG